CAGGUUCAAAGUACGGGCUGAGAGGGGCACAUGACUUGUUUUUCCGCGGUGCGCUCCGAGUCUUUACAGAAUAAAUUAGGAGGUUUGAACUGAGUUGAUCAGGUCAGCUUUCCAUCACGCAAUCAAUUCUGUUCACCUGCUCUGGGGAACAUUACAACACCAGUAUCGGAUACCUGGUAUAGUCUGCUAUUAUUCCAUAGCAGACCAAAAAGGACACCUCAACAUGGCACAUUGGUUAUUAACUUGUUUGGUAAUUUCGAUAUCAACGCAACUGGCUUUAUCGUCCGGUGUGUUUGAGCUGAAAAUAGAGUCUUUCUCCAGCACACGAAGCGUCUGCAAACUUUCCAGAGACUGUCAGAUCUUUUUCCGCGUAUGCCUUAAGCACACACAGGAUGUUAUCUCACCUGAGCCACCGUGCACAUACGGCACGGGACUCACGGAAAUCUUCAGCGCUGACCAAAAUUCUAUCUCCAAUAGCACUCCCAUAAGAGUGCCUUUCCAUUUCAAAUGGCCGGGAACUUUUUCACUGAUUAUCGAGGCAUGGAAUGCGGAGUCCUCUUCCGGCCAGUCAACAGAAAACCAGAAUAAUUUGAUUAGCCGUCUUGCCAAACGAAGGAGACUGGCCAUCGGAGAGGACUGGUCCCAAGACGUGCAUUAUGAGAAGGACAGCGAAUUGCGAUACUCGUUCCAUGUAGUCUGCGAUGAAUUCUACCACGGCGACAGUUGCUCCGAUUACUGCCGUCCUAGAGAUGAUCCAUUUGGACAUUUUACGUGUGACGCAAAUGGCAACAGAAUUUGCCUGUCCGGUUGGAAAGGCGAUUAUUGUUCAGAACCCAUCUGCUUGUCUGGCUGCAGUGACGAGCAUGGUUUUUGCGAGGCUCCAGGAGAGUGCAAAUGCCGCUUAGGUUGGCAAGGCCCCCUCUGUGAUGAAUGUGUACGCCAUCCAGGCUGCUUGCAUGGCACCUGUGGUCAGCCAUGGCAGUGUAACUGCAAGGAGGGCUGGGGUGGCCUCUUCUGUGACCAAGACCUGAACUUUUGCACCAACCACAAGCCCUGCAUGAACGGUGCGACCUGUACCAACACGGGCCAGGGUAGCUACACCUGUACCUGCAAACCUGGAUUCAGUGGUGUCAACUGUGAGAUUGAAACCAACGAAUGUGACAGCAAUCCAUGCAAGAACGGAGGCAGUUGCAACGACAUGGAGAAUGACUACUCUUGCACCUGUCCCCAAGGAUUCUAUGGGAAGAACUGUGAGAUUAGUGCUAUGACUUGCGCUGAUGGUCCCUGCUUCAAUGGAGGGACCUGCAUGGAGAAACCGACUGGUGGCUAUUCUUGUCGUUGCCCUCCUGGUUACAUGGGCUCCAACUGUGAGAAGAAAAUCGACCGUUGCAGCUCUAACCCCUGUGCCAACGGUGGCCAGUGUCUAGACUUGGGUCACAGCUUGAUGUGUCGCUGCCGCCCUGGGUUCAAGGGCUCUCGCUGUGAGAUCAACGUGGAUGAAUGUGCACGCAACCCCUGUCGUAAUGCUGGCACCUGUGUGGACGGCAUUAACGACUACACGUGCACGUGUACACUGGGUUACACUGGCAAGGACUGCAGUAUACGUGCCGAUGCCUGCAGCCUCUUCCCCUGUAAGAAUGGUGGAACGUGCUUCACCCAUUUCACUGGGCCUGUGUGCCAGUGUCCAGCAAACUUCAUGGGCUCACGAUGUGAGUUCCCCGUGAAGCCCACCCAAGACCCUCUUCCUCCGAAAAACGGCAAUGGCUUUCCGGCCGCCCUGGCCAUCUCUUUCACCCUGGGGCUUCUCACCCUCACCCUGGUGGUCUGUGCUGCCAUCGUGGUCCUUAGGCAGAUGAGACGCAACCACAAAGCUAUGGCCGCAAAAUCUGUUCGCAAUGAUCUGGAGACCAUUAACAACCGCACCUCCAUCAACUCUUCCUCAGCCCAGUCGAGCUUCUGUGAGAAAGAGGCCUUCCUCAUCCCUGGCGGCCAGUACAAGGUGUCCAACAAGGAUGUAGCCCUCAGCUCAAGCCCGAAGGACAUCUCCAACAACAAGGCCAACUACAAGCAGAAGAUGGUCGACUACAAUCUGGCCAAGGAGGACAUGCAUGUGAAGAACAAGCUUGACUUAAAAAACUCAGAAUCCAACAUAUUGGUCCCUCCAAUGAGCUUCCCUAAAGAAGGCCUAUAUCAUCCUGUCUAUAUCAUUCCUGAACAAAUGGAUCAAUGUGUUUUUGCUACUGAGGUUUAAGAAUAUUUCAGAAGCUGGAGCACAUCAGUCAAGACAGGGCCUUGCCCAAACAUGUUUACACUCUUUUAAAGGACACAUGGAAGAGAAGAGAGUAUAUAUUAUAUCUACAUAUAUUAUUUAAUAUUUAUUCAUGCUGCUCACAAAGAAUGGAAUACUCUUUGUCAUAGAAUGGACUAUUUUUUUAUUUUUUUAUUUUUUGUGGAGACAAAAUGAGGAAUGUUGAGUGGGCUGUAAUGUGGGUGAAAAACAGCCAGCAGUAUUUGCACUACAAUGACUUUAUUUUUUUAAUAUUUAAUAUGUAGAUUUAGAUACAGGAAACUGCCAAAUAUGUUUAGGGUCACGUAUGAAAAUGCUGGGCGGGCCCAGUCACCCAUUGUUUUGGCUGCCAUGGCCAGAGGAAGAGAUCUCACUGAUUGAUUGUUGUCUUGCAUUGGUGAGGAGCUGUCGGGAGGUAUGCUUCUCAUCUGUGCAUCAGUUUGCAUUGCAAAACACACAAACAACUCUGAAUCGGUCCGAUGCAAGUAUCAGCCGAAAAGGACGAAAGCGAGCAGUUUCAUCAUGAGCCGUCCCUUGAGAACUUUGCAAAGAAACCUGUUGGUCACAGGACUCGUUUCCACAGGUGAAGGGUUCUAGUGGCUUUGUCAUGGUGUUGGUUUAUGUCCACCCAACCAUUCUGAGGGAUUCUCUUCAUCCCAUGAUAAACCUGUCCUGAUGGGAGUGGUCUAUUCCAGGAUAACCAGGCUCCUCCCACACUCACUGAUCAGUGAUCUAUUCCAGGAUAACCAGGCUCCCCCCAAGCUCACUGAUCACUCUGAGGGGCAUGGCCAUCACAGUCUCCACAUCUCUGUCCAACCGAAAGUCCAAGGGGCAUUCUGGAUUUUCCACCAUCACCAUCAUCACUAAACGAUGGAAUUUCUCAUAAAUACAUGGCAUCAUAUCCCUGCAACAGAACUGUGGACACUUUCAAAACCUGUGCCAAGGCACACAGGCUGUUUUGGCACCUCGUGCUGAGACACUUAAAAUUGGAGUUUCCUUUAUUAUGGCAGUUAA